AGCUGAGCAGCUCGGGCAAGGCCGUCAGCUCUUCACGUGCUUGUCCGCCAUGCACCUAGCCAUACGCAGAUGAGCUUGAUCAGACUUAUCAGGGUACGCGACAUUGGUUUGCGGCUUGUUGCGAGAGCAUGCGCUGUGCAGUGAAGACCGGCAGAAGUGAAAGUGACCACCCGGGGAUCAUGCCGAUCACCCGCGUUAUCUGCCGACCAUGCGGAAUGCACUGAUCAACAUGCCACCGACUCGAAAUCAACUCACCGCCACCCUGCAACGACUCCGCGCGACCAACUAGACCCUGUCCGCCGAACAGAGUAGCUGAGCUAUAAGAUUGCAAACUCUCGCCGAAAUAGCGCACUAUUUCUGCCGCAGCAGUCCUCAAGCACGAGCAAGGCUUCCUCCUUCCUACAUCUCCACAGCAUGGCAGAACAACACGACGGCCCGGCGCCCAUCGGUGGCCCCCUUCCAUCCAUCCAGGAACUGAUCGCGGCGCAAGCCUCCAUGCCCAGAUGGACACCGCCAGAUAACUACGUUGCCCGCGGCCUCCCGCCCGCCCCGGAACUCAUGUGGGACGACGAGGAGCCGUACAUCCCUCUUCAUGAUGGAUAUCGUAUUACGCCGUAUCGUGCGACUGAGGCAGACUACGAAGCUGUUGAACGCAUGAGCAACCACCCCUCCAUUGCGCAGUGGUCGCAGAUGCGGCCGUAUCCCUACACCCGCGCCGACUCGCUCUGGUGGUUCGGCAUGCACAUUCCGCUACAGCGAGCCUCGGCCGCGGCGCUGCGCUCCGACCCCGCCGCCCUCGUGACCCAUGCACCCGUGAUGGUCAUCCGAGACCCGGCCGGCCGCCUAGUCGGCGACGUGGGUUUGGAAGCGCACUCCGGCGUCCUGUCAUUAGGCUACGCGCUCGACCCCGCGCUGCAUGGGCGCGGCCUCGGCCGUGCCGCCGUGGGCGCUAUGAUCGCGUGGGCCGCCAAGCACAUGGGCAGCCAGUUCACUGCAAACGCGCAGGUCGUCAACGCGCCCUCCAACCGCGUCCUCGCCGGCCUCGGCUUCACCUACGUCGGCGCGAUCCAUGAGCCGUGGCCAGAACAGCAGGGCGGCGGCACGCGCGAGAUGCACGCAUGGCGCUUGGUGGUGAUUAGAUAAUGUUGCGGCGGCGACGCGCCAAAGCCCGGGCCGUCGUAUGUGCGGGACCCUCCGUAAUUUCCGGAGCAGCUGCGACGGAAAGUGAUCG